UCGGGGGCAUUGGCUCUGUCUGGACCGAGGAUAGCUUUCCGGUUUCGCUCACUCGAUUUAGUCGGAUCGCUCCGCGGUUUCGUUGCGGCAAAACAACGCAGUGUGCGCCUCACCCGUCAGGAUACUUCCACCGUGGGUCGGUUCCGAGGUUAACGGCUUAUCGGUGCUUAAUAACGUGUUGUAAUAAGUGGGGUGACUGGCUCUGCUGGACGAGGAACCACCUCGUUGUUUUCGCCCCGUUUGAAAGCAGCGGGGAAAUGUCCAGCUGAGGAUUUGAAAUCUUGAAGCCCUAGGCCCGCUUGUAAUGAGCGAUCAACGCAUCGACAAUGGCGAAUAAGGUGCAGGUUUUGUAUGACUUCAGUGCUGAGCCCGGAAACAACGAACUGUCCGUCAGAGAAGGCGAAACUGUCACUGUCACAAAUCAGAACAUUGGCGGGGGAUGGAUCGAGGCUCAGAACUCCAGGGGGGAGGUGGGCCUGGUGCCAGAAGACUACCUAGAGUUGAGCAAGCCCUCGCCGCUGACUGGAGCCGGCACCACCACAGCGCCCCCCAGUGUCGGGAAUGUGGCCGCGGCUCCGCCUCCUGACCUCUCCUUCUUCGAUGCCUUCGCCCCGGCGUCAACACCUGCACAAAGCCAGGUCGAUGCUGGGGAGUUAAGUCCCCAGCCGGACACCCCCGACACCCCCUACCUCCCCCACGAGCAGACCAGCAACGGCGGCGGAGACCCCUGGUCCGCGUGGAACACCGAUGCCACGGGGGGGGCCUCCAACAACUGGGCGUCCAAGCCGGAGGGCACGCAGACGGGGAGGAGUGCGGCGCCGGACCCCUGGGGGGCGCAGAGUCACCCCCAGGCGUACCAGGGCCCCGACAUCUAUCCAUAUCCUUACCUGAUUGAGACAGGAGCAGAGGAAGACGAGUGGGACGAUGAGUGGGACGACGUCAAAUCAUCGGGUUACGCCGAGUCGGAGUCCGGAGAGGGCGGGGCUUUUCAAAGGGGCGGAGCUCAGGGCACCGCCAUGAAAAUCUCCCUCAACAAAUUCCCUGGAUUCUCCAAGUCAGGGCCGGAGCUUUACCUCCUAGCCAAGCAGCUGGUCAAGGGAUCACAGAAGCUAUCCAUCUAUAUGGGCGAGGUGGGCCCGGUGUGGUCCUACCCCGACAACCAGCUGGACUGUGUGGUGGCCGACCCCAAGAAGGGCUCCAAGAUGUACGGCCUGAAGAGCUACAUCGAGUACCAAGUCACGCCCAACACAACCAACAGGCCCGUCAAUCACCGCUACAAGCACUUUGAUUGGCUGUACGAGAGGCUGCUGGACAAACUCGGCUCAGCCAUCCCCAUCCCCUCCUUGCCGGACAAGCAGGUCACAGGGCGGUUCGAGGAGGAGUUCAUCAAGAUGCGCAUGGAGCGUCUGCAGGGCUGGAUGACCCGGAUGUGCCGGCACCCCGUGGUCUCCAGCAGCGAAGUCUUCCAGCUCUUCCUGACCUACAAGGACGAGAAGGACUGGAAGACUGGGAAGAGAAAAGCGGAGAAGGACGAGACAGUGGGGGUGAUGAUCUUCGCCACCAUAGAGCCCGAGGCCCCUGACCUGGACCCCAUCGAAGUGGAGCAGAAGUGCGACCAGUUCAGCAGGUUUACUAAAGCGAUGGACGACGGGGUGAAGGAGAUCCUCACCGUGGGACAGGAGCACUGGAAGAGAUGCACAGGACCAUUACCUAAAGAGUACCAGAGGAUUGGCAAGGCCUUUCAGAACCUCUCCUCGGUCUUCAACAGCAGCGGAUACCAAGGAGAGGCAACGCUGACAGACGCCAUGACAGCGGCGGGCAAGACCUAUGAGGAGAUCGCCCUGAUGGUGGCGGAGCAGCCGAGGAAAGACCUCCACUUCCUCAUGGAGACCAACAAUGAAUACAAAGGUCUCCUGGGAUGCUUCCCGGACACCCUCGCCGUCCAUAAGGCGGGCAUAGAGAAGGUGAAGGAGGGGGACAAGCUGGUGGCGACCAGUAAGAUCAGCCCCCAGGAGAAGGUCACUAUGGCGAAGCGCGUGAGCACCAUGUCGUACACAUUACAAGCCGAGAUGAACCACUUCCAUAGCAACCGUAUCUAUGACUACAACCGUGUCAUGCAGCUCUAUCUUGAGGAACAAGCCAAAUUUUACGAGACGAUUGCCGAGAAGUUGAGGCAAGCGCACGCCCAGUUCACCACCAUGUAGAGAACGGAAGCAUUUGGCCGAAGAUGAAGUCGGCUAAACGCCAAGCGACAUGUCUGUCUCUUUCUCUUUUUUUCUCUCUCUCUCUCUCUCUCUCUCUCUCUCUCUCUCUCUCUCUCUCUCUCUCUCUCUCUCUCUCUCUCUCUCUCUCUCUCUCUCUCUCUCUCUCUCUCUCUCUCUCUCUCUCUCUCUCUCUCUCUCUCUCUUCUGCUCUUUCGCUCCUCCCUCCUUUAGUUUCUAUCCCUCUCUUUUGAACCCAGCGUCACAUGCUUUACGUGAAAGCACUUCCACACUACUUUUACCCCCCCCGCGCCCGUGGUUCAAAGAAGUGUUGCCGCUGGGAAAUCGAUUUGGAAAGAGGACGUACGCUAUAUAAGCACAGCACUGCCUUAGUAUGUCAGCAUGUCAUUUCCCCUCUGGUCUGUGUUGUCAUUGCUCUGUGUUCUCACUAUCCGUUUAGUCACACUUGAGGGAUUCUACGUUUCCUCAUUUCUAGGAGGCCGCACACUUGAGAAAGAAGGACGGUAUGGAGAACGCGUGCGUGUGUGUGUUGGGGUUGUGGUACACACUAUUGGCUGUGCCUUACUCCUCCCUUGUACUUCACUUCCUCAUCCACUAACAGGAAGACCCGCCCCUUUUCUUUGAAUGUGCCUUCCCAUGGGAGCUCUGGGACGCUUGGCUGGUUCCCCCCCCCUCCCCCCCAAUGACCUCAACGUUUACUGUUUACUCUGGAAGAGCGGGAGUCCCACGACCUUCAAACAUACUAAUAAUACACUUUCACACCUUGAGAUGAUAAUGCACUUAACUCGAGGGGGUUUCUCUGUCAUGCCUUGUUCGUAGAAGCCACACGUCAGAGGAAACCUGUUGAAUCCCAGUGCCAAACCCAGUGGACAACCCCACUGCUUUUUAAAAUGGCCCUUUUGUGUGUGUGUGUGUGUGUGUGUGAGAGAGAGAGUGUGUGUGUGUGUGUUUUGUUUCUUAUAACCGAAAGCAAUUUGUUUUAAGCAAGCCCCUGAAGGUGUAGGAUGUGAUAUUUUGUUAAAGUUAAAAAAAUAAGACAAGAAUUUGAGCGUGGUGGGGAAGGGAGGGGGGGUCGGAGUUGGGACUGGGCCAUGAGAUAUUUCUGCUUGCUUUUUUCACUGCUCAGUAUUCAAUCAAUUUCUUAUUUCAUUCUGUCAACACUUUUGUUUUCAUAUCACUUGAAAAAAUGCAAAUAUAUAUAUAUAUAUAAUAUAUAUUCUAUUUGAUCUGUCCUAUGCUUUUCGGGUCAUAUUGGAAUGGCCGUAUUACGUAUAUAUGGACGAGCAAAAAAUCCAGUUAUUGAUUUAUUAAACUGAUUUGUAUUUACUGCGACUACGCUUCUGUCCUUGUG